GCCCAGCAUGUAAAGUGAUUUCCCGUCAAAUCCAUACCGUGUACCAAACGGGGCCUAAAUGCUGGAAAGAGGUGGUAAGUUGGAAUUGUCCUCCCGUUUUUUAAAAUCCCGCGAGGAGACUGUAACCGGCUAACUGGCAGGCAGACAAGCGACGACAUCUAUGAUAUUCGUUGGUUAGGUUUUGUUUGAACCCGGUUCUGGAGAAGGAAGCAAGCAAGCAGCGCAGUCUGCAGAGAGUGAAAAAGAUGGAAGAGAGUGAGAGAGUGAGGGAGGUGAUAAGGAAACAAGUGGGAGAUGAUUGGGAUGAUGAGGUGAUGAGCAGAGCCCGAUUCAAGGCGUUGAGUGGCCAGAGAUCCGACUGGGAACCCAAUUACCUCUUCUGGAGAGAUUUAAUUCUCAGCGUUGCUCGCCAACUGGGCCUUUUCAUCAUCAAACCAUCUCACCUCAACAACCAAUGGUUCAAUCGAGGAGGCCUCACCCCAUUAUCCCUCGACCGUGUCUUGUUUGAAAUGUAUAAUGAAGGUGAGAUUGUGCUGCCCAGCGUGGAUCUUGUGGACCCCACUGCAGGGCGUCUCUCCCAGGCUUUCACAAGACUUACCAACUCCAUGAUUAGGAGGAGCAGGACCACCACUCCUCAACUUCUUAUGUCCCAGGAUCGUCUCAUUCUUACAUCACUUUUGAAGGAUAAAGCUGUUGAAGUUGUGAAACUUUUAUCCGAAUGUCAUUGGACAUCUUCUUGCAUUGUCACCAUGAAGAGGUUCCAGGACAUAUGUGGAGGAGCCUAUGAAGCUUCUGCACUCUUGUCUCACUUGUCAGCACAAGGGAAGGCACGCUAUCUCUCACUUUACAAGGGAGACUUCAUAGAGGGUGUGAAAGUUUCCCUCUCUGCAUCUUCCGUUCCUAGUAUUUCAAGUCUAGAUUGCGAUGUUCUGCACCUGAUUUGUACAACAGAAAAGCUUCAACAACAGCUUAAUGUGAUUGACCAACGUUGUCAAACGUCAAGAAAAUCAGCAUUAGCUUGUUUGAAUUCUGGAAACAAGAAAGUGGCGCUGAGGCAUGUGAGGCAGUUAAAGUUGGCCAAUGAGAGUAGAGAAAAUUGUGCAACGCUCUUGAAUAGAGUGGAGGAAGUCCUCGAUGUUAUUGCAAGUGCUGAAUCCACAAAGAAGGUUUCUGAAGCCAUCCAAAUUGGAGCUCAAGCAAUAAAGGAAAAUAAGAUGAGUGUGGAAGAAGUCCAACAUAGCUUACAAGAAAUUGAGGAGAGCAUUGAUACACAAAAGCAAAUAGAAAAUGCUUUAGAAUCAACUUCGUUGUACACAGUUGUUGAGGAUGAAGAAAGUAUUGAAGAGGAGUUCAAGAAAUUAGAGCUGGAUAUUGAGGUUAACAGCGCAGGAGAAACAGAGGCUUCGAAAUCCGCUGAAUCAUUGAUAGACUCCUUAUCAAAUCUCAAGCUUGUGGAUGAUGGUCUAGCAAGAACACCAGCAGUUCAGGGCACUGUCGAAACAAUAAGAAACAACAAAACAAAAACUCCUGUGCUUGAAACUGCCUAAAAGUUCCCAGAUCCCAGAAUCAUAUUGUGAUGAUUUUGCUCAAAUGGUGAGUAUAGUCAAAUCACUAAACUAGUUCGUUGUAUAGUUUUCUCUUUUCUGUAUAAGUGAAAAAACGAGUUCCUUGUAUAGUUUUCUGCAUAAGUAAAACCCUUGUAACUGAACAAAAA